AUUCCCGGUGUAGACGGCGAUCCGAAGCCGAUCCAACCGACGCUUUUAAAAUGGCGGCCUCUCUGCGGCGGAGCAUGCACGCUGAAGCGUAGGGUCGAUGCAGUUUGUUGGCUUGUGUGCAGGGUAUUAGUGGCUACAGGACGACAAUUUUUGUUUCGGGAGUAAGGCUUAGGACAUGGCUCACAAGGCGAGAACUUUCAUAAAGGCGCCGCUGUACAACGGCAUCGGCCGUUACGUGUGUCAGCUGCAGAGGCUCACGCUGACCUUCUGCAAGACGCACGGCAGUAGCCGCUUCAUGCGGGAGUACAUCGAGAGCGAUCUGGUAAACUUCGCGCGCGACAACCCGGGCGUCGUGGUGUACCUGAAGCCUCGGCGUCACCGCGACCCCUACAUCGUGGCCGAGUACCUGAACGGCCAGCGGGACAUGAUGCGCGUCAACGGAAUCACGGCGAGCGAGCUGGUGAAAUGGGUGGACCACUUUCGCACCCGCUCCGGAGAGCCCAUCGCUCGCAUCAACAAGUACCACCGCACCGACCACCCCAGCAUACAAGGUUUCUGGACGCCCUUCACGAAUCGGCCGACGGAGCAGAACCUUGCCAAGUUCCCCAACGAGGAACUCGGCGAUUUCAAGUCGGUCUUUCCGACCGCAACCGAACAGCUCCAGGAGUUGGCUGCCCAAGACGGCCAGGAGACGUCAGAAGCGAAAGAGUGAUGGCUGUGUUAGGAACUUCAGCGCUAGUAGGCAAAUAAAUGUUAGUUUUUGUCAUGUUA